GAUUAUACUCCAGGAGUAGGAGUACUUGUCAAGAAAGAGCAGAGAUCAGUUUUACUCAAUUACACAAUCAGUGUAGCUGUGCAGCUGUGGAGUGCAGACGUGGAUUGGUUUACACGGCUGACUGAGUGACCUGACCUCCUCCGCCAUUCGGGCAGCUUGGGAUCGGAGUGACUGACCGCGCUGAGCUGAGCACACCCGGCAAGGCGGCAACCACUAUUACUCCCGCGCCCGCGCCGGCCUCUGUUUCCGCACCGUGCCACGCACUCCAAAGAUCCGCGCGAAUAAAAGCCGCGGCACCCCUGUCCCGGCCGGGUCUCGCGGUGAAACCCAUCGUCCCUAUCCAGGCAGCGGCAGCUAGCCUCGCUCGCCAUGUCCUCCUCCUCCUCCUCCUCCUCCUCCCUGUCUCUACAGCCGCCUCCCGCCGGUGCAAUCGGCGGCACUUCCCCCUACUCCGCGUCCACGUCUUUCCUCCCCUCGUUCAUGAUCAUCGCCGCGCUGCUCGCCUUCGUGUUCCUCGCCUCCGUCUCCAUCCACCUCCUGCUCCGCUUCCUCUCCGACCGCUCCUCCUCGUCGUCGUCGUCUGGACCUCCGCUCCCGCGGACCCACCGCGACGAAGCGGGCUCGGCGGGGAGUACGAUGGACGCGUCGUCCGCGGCGAGGCCUGCCGCUACCGCGGCUGCUCCAGCCGACGCAGCGAAGAAGGAGGCGGCGGCGGGCGACGACGAGAAGCAGCGGCUGAUCGACUCGCUGCCGCUGUUCACGAUGGCGUCGUCGCUGGCGGCGCUCCCCAAGAGCUCGCCCGACUGCGCCGUCUGCCUGUCGCCGUUCACGCCCGACGCCGAGCUGCGGCUGCUGCCCGCGUGCCGCCACGCGUUCCACGCCGCGUGCGUCGACGCCUGGCUGCGCACCACGCCGUCCUGCCCGCUCUGCCGCGCCGCCGUCGUCGCGUUCCCGCACCCCUCGCUCUCCGCCAUGCUCGCCGCCGCGCAGCAGCAGCGGCCGGCGUCGCCGAGGACCAGGGACCCGCGGUCCGGGUCGAGCUUCCUCGUCGAGAUGGGCACCGUCAGCAGCAGCCGCGGCUCGCCCGUGGCGGCCGGCGGCGGUGGCGGGGACAGGAACAGGAACAGCCGCACCUACUCGCUCGGCUCUUUCGACUACCAAAUCGACGAGGAGGUGGAAGCCGUGGUGUCCCGCGUCGCGCGCAUCACCGCGAGGGAAUCCAGCACCGUCAAGGAGGAGAUGGAGAAGCCUUCGGGUGAAGAGGUGUCGGCACGGCCGCCGGCGCCGGCGCCGUCUCCGCCGCCUCCAGGCGAGACGGUGGCCGAGGCGGCGGGCUCCUCGCGCGGGUGGCUGCGGGAGUACGUGGACCGGCUGGCGUCGUCCGCCUACACGUUGUCGGAGCGGUGGAGCUCCCGCUGGAGCCAGGGGCAGAGCCAGCAGCAGCGGCAGGAAGAGCCGUGGCUGUGGGACACGGAGGCCGCGGACAUGUCGGCGGCGCCGGGGUCCGACGAGGAGGAGGAGGAGACGGCGUUCAUGGUGAUGUACCGCUGGAUCGCCGGGGUGUAAACGUAGUCGAGUUGAGGUGAUCCAAAUGUUUUGGAACCUUCUGUUGACUGUGAUGCAUGGCAUAGUAGGCGUAAGCAAGCAGCAGUGAGAGUAUCAGCACAUAUUAGAUCAUGGGUAUCCUCGGAGUUCGCAUUUUGGAACGCCGAGGAGAUAAGAAGACGCCAAGAAAAACGGAUACGAGGAUGUGCUUGCAUGUUAGCUACUGUAGCAUAAACUGUAGGAGAUAAGUUACUUUUCUGUGGUUCGUUGCAUUUUCACCCUCCAAGGAUGUCUGGAUGUGGCUGUCAUCUGUCUUACACUCUGAGUGUGGACCGUUCGGUUUGUCACAA